AUGUCCGAAGGCGAUGUCAAGCCCACUACCCAUGUGGUCGCGGAGGCCCAUGAGGUCGAUACGUUCCACCCGCCCCAGAAGAUGUUCGCCAAACAUCCAAGCAAGCCUCAUUUGAGCGGCCUUGAUGAAUACCACAAGCUCUACAAGGAAUCCAUCACCCAGCCAAACAAGUUCUGGGCAGAGCGCGCGCGAGAGCUCCUGACCUGGUCCAGGGACUUCCAGACCGUCCACACCGGGACCCUGGCUGGCGGAGACAAUGCGUGGUUCUUGGAGGGUCAGCUCAAUGCCUCCUACAAUUGCGUGGAUCGCCAUGCGAUCAAGAAUCCCGACAAGCCUGCGAUUAUCUACGAGGCCGACGACGCCGCUGAUGGCCGCACCCUGACAUACAGCGAGCUGCUGAGGGAGGUCUGCAAGGUUGCGCACGUACUCAAGCAGAUGGGUGUGAAGAAGGGUGACACGGUUGCCAUCUACAUGCCCAUGAUUCCCGAGGCCCUCAUCGCAUUCCUGGCGUGCUCGCGCAUCGGUGCCAUCCACUCGGUCGUCUUCGCCGGCUUCUCCUGUGAUUCCCUGCGCGACCGUGUUGUCGAUGCUCGAUCAAGGGUCAUCAUCACCACAGACGAGGGCAAGCGUGGAGGAAAGUUGAUUGGGACCAAGAAGAUCGUUGAUGAUGCUCUCAAGCAAUGCCCUGCCGUCACCCACUGCUUGGUAUACAAGCGCACCGGCGCCGACGUGCCGAUGACCCAGGGCCGCGAUUACUGGUGGCACGAGGAGGUUGCGAAGUGGCCUUCGUACAUUGCGCCUGAGCCGAUGAACUCGGAAGAUCCCCUCUUCCUGCUCUACACCUCUGGUUCCACGGGGAAGCCCAAGGGUGUGAUGCAUUCCACCGCUGGCUACCUCCUCGGCGCAGCCAUGACCGGGAAAUAUGUCUUCGACAUCCACGACAGCGACAGGUUCUUCUGCGGUGGUGAUGUCGGAUGGAUUACCGGGCACACAUAUGUUGUCUACGCUCCUCUGCUCCUCGGUGUCGCCACGGUUGUCUUCGAGGGUACUCCUGCCUACCCCAACUUCUCGCGGUACUGGGAUGUCAUUGAUAAGCACGAGGUCACUCAAUUCUACGUCGCUCCUACAGCCUUGAGGUUACUCAAGCGUGCCGGAGACGAGCACGUCAAGGCGCAGAUGAAGCAUCUCAGAGUCUUGGGUUCCGUCGGAGAGCCAAUUGCGGCCGAGGUCUGGAAAUGGUACUUUGAGGUUAUUGGAAAGGAGGAGGCCCACGUUGUGGACACCUACUGGCAGACCGAGACCGGCUCUAAUGUUAUCACUCCUCUCGCUGGUGUCACUCCCACCAAGCCAGGCAGUGCUUCCCUUCCAUUCUUUGGUAUCGAGCCGGCUAUCAUCGACCCCGUCUCUGGUGAAGAAAUUCUCGGUAACGAUGUCGAGGGUGUGUUGGCCUUCAAGCAAGCAUGGCCUAGCAUGGCCCGCACAGUCUGGGGCGCACACAACAGGUAUAUGGACACGUACUUGAACGUCUACAAGGGAUACUACUUCACCGGUGACGGAGCUGGACGUGAUCACGAAGGCUACUACUGGAUCCGAGGCCGUGUUGACGAUGUUGUCAACGUCAGUGGACACCGCCUGUCCACCGCCGAGAUCGAAGCCGCCUUGAUCGAGCACAAGGCUGUGGCUGAGGCUGCCGUCGUUGGAAUCAGCGAUGAAUUGACCGGACAAGCGGUCAACGCCUUCGUUGCGAUCAAGGAGGGCAAUGAGAUCAACGAACUCCUGAAGAAGGAUCUCAUCCUGCAAGUCAGGAAGAGCAUUGGGCCCUUCGCGGCGCCCAAGGCCAUCUUUGUCGUCCCAGAUCUGCCCAAGACACGAAGCGGCAAGAUCAUGCGGAGAAUUCUGCGGAAGGUCCUCGCUGGCGAAGAAGACCAACUUGGUGAUAUUUCAACUCUGUCGGAUCCAACCGUCGUCGACAAGAUUAUCGCAAUUGUUCAUGAGUCUAGGAAGAAAUAG